UUAGGAAUGGAGGACCAAAUUUAUGAGAACAGUGUACUAGAGAAAGAACAGAAGGCUAUUAAGGGGAUUUAUGAAGCGGUUUUUGACUGGAUUGGGGGAUGGGAGUUUCUUGAGUUGGACAAUAUGCGAUGGAGGCAGGUGAAGGAUUUGCAGUGGGAGAUGGAGGCUUUUGGGCGGAAGAUUAGGAAAUUGGGGCUUAAGUAUGUGGAUGAGUGAGUGAUUAGGUCGGGUGGAGAUGGUAAGAUGCUCAAGAGGUUUAUGCAAGCUUGUUUUAUUAAGAGAAUUCAGCAAUUAGUCGUGAGAUUUUGGAGGGAUAAGAGAGAAAACAGUGUGGUCUAUCGUGUGCUAGUAGGGAAGUUUAUACCAAAAGUCGAUUUAUCAUUGGAAUUAUGUGAUUUCAAGAUUUCUUCCCGCGAGUUUAGAAAGAUCAUUCAGGUUGGGAGAACCAUUGAAGAAAUGAUAUUUGUUGGAUGAAUCUUGGAUCUGACAGAUUUAAAGCUGAGUUCAUCAUUAAGCUAUUAUAUCAAGAAAAUUAAUUUCUUAGAUAACUAUGGUCUGGCAGAUUUUUAUUUUCAAAGAUCUCAGGAUAAUAUCACAAAUCUUCUCAAAGCUGGCUCAGUGACAAACAUGAAAUCUUCACUAGAAAUGAUACAGACCGAUCUCUGAAAAGGCAUAGAAAAGCUUCAAAUUAUAGCACUAUUGCUUAACUUUACUCAAGUCUCCAUAAAAAUCUAACUCUAGAGAUUCCAAAAGUGUCAAUAUUAAA